ACGCACCCGCCUUCAAAAAAAAGAGAAAAAAAAAAAGACAAAAGAGAUGGAACUCAUGGAACUCGUCGACCACGAGCCUGCGGCUCGCCCGUUCCAGUGCGACUGGCAAUCCUGCAACAAGAGCUUCAAUCGCAAGUCGGACCUGCAGAGGCAUUACCGGAUCCACACAAACGAGAGGCCAUACUCGUGCAACACGCCCGGCUGCGGCAAGAGCUUCAUCCAGCGCAGCGCCCUGACUGUCCACAUCCGAACGCACACGGGCGAGAAGCCGCACCAGUGCCAACACAUUGGAUGCGGCAAGCGCUUCUCAGACUCCUCCUCCCUGGCAAGGCAUCGCAGGAUCCACACGGGCAAGCGGCCGUACAAGUGCGCGCACGACGGCUGCCUCAAGUCCUUCUGCCGCAAGACCACCAUGGUCAAGCACCAGCGCCGCUCGCACCAGCGCGGCAUCCACUCGUCCGAGCUGGACGACUGCAGCUCCGACUCGGGGUCCGAGGACUCGCCCUCGACCCCCAAGAGCGCCUCGCUGCAGUGGGGGGGCGCCGCCGCCGCCGCCCACCACCCCCAGGGCGUCCACAUGGCCGUGGCGGCUCACCACCACGCCGCCGCCGUCGCCGCAAUGGGCGGCGUCCACCCGCACCACCAGCACCAGCAGCAACAGCAACAGCAGAACCACCACCACCACGCCCUGCACCGCGCCCAGUCCUUUGCCGACUUUGGCCACCACAUGGGUCCCCAGCAGUACGGCCUGCAGCAUCCUCCCCAGCCCCAGUUCGCCGGCCACCGCCAAAGCCUCUCUUCGUCGGUGCCGCACGAGUUCCACGGCCUGCCCACCAUGCACGAGCAGCAGCAGGCAGCAGCAGCAGCAGCAGCAGCAGCACACCACCAACAACAACAACAACAACAACCGCAACCAGGCCACCCAGGCGCUCCCGUCCACGUGAUUCACAGGACAGCCAGCAUGCCGCAGCAGCCCUACUACGUGACGGAGCAGGGCAACCCUGGCGUCGCGACGCUCAACACGCAGGUGCCCAGCCAGGUGGCGACGCAGUACCACCACCCGCACCAGGUGCCCCGGCAGCAGGUCGACCGCAUCGCCGUCGAGAUCCCGUCGUCAUACUCGGCCGGCAUGAACGCGUCCAUCCAGAGCAGCCCCAGCAGCUUCUCGGCCGGAUCCGUCAGGAGCCCGUCGGCGCAGGACGGCGGCUUCUACACGCACCAGUCGGCCCAGGCCGCCACCUUUGCGCUGCAGACGGCCGGCCACCACCACCACCACCAGCACCACCCGCACCAGUCCGCCUCGCCCGUCGAGGCCCAGCACUCCCCUAUGCCGCCGUACCAGCAGCAGCCACAGCAGCAGCAGCAGCAGCAACAGCAGCAGGGCGGCCAGAUGCAGGCGCCCUCGAGCCACCCGUCGCCCCAGCCCCACGACCAGUACCAGCCCGCGCCGCCGCCGGCGCCGACGGGCGAGGAGCAGUGGUACAACGGCGUGCAGUACCAGUCGCCCGUCGAGGUGGUCGCCACCAUCGGUCAGCUGCCCACGUACGGCUCUGGCGUGUACGACCCCUGGGGCGGGCCCAAGCUCGAGUUUGAGGACGCCGGGAUCCAGAUGCCUAGCGCCCGCAUCGAGAACAUGUAGAUGGCCCGACGACCGGGUUUCAUCUCUUGUCUUUCUCGUCCUCUCUCCACCACCACCACCACCACCGCACCUCCUCCUCCAUCCGUGGUCC